AUGCCUGUCACAGACUCCAGCAUCAUUAUUGAUGAACUGGCCUUACAUGGUGGCUCUGGGCAGCAGAAGACAGUGAGAUGUUUCGGGUGUUUCCGGGCUGGAAUUUGCUUGCUUCUGGUGGAACUGUGUGAGAAGCUGACCUUCUUUGAAGUCGUCUGCAACAUGAUCCCCUUUUGCACGGUGAAGCUGGGCUACUGCAACCACCAGGCCGCAAUUCUCAACCUGUGCUUUAUUGGGGUCUCAGCCUUCACCCCUGUGUUGGUGGGAUGGCUUGCAGACAACUACUUCGGAAGGGGAAAACUGGUGUACAUGUCCUUAGUGCUACACUUUCUGGGUACUGCUUUGCUAUCCGUGCUUGCUUUUCCCUUGGAAGAUCUCUAUGGAGACUCUUACCCUAUGGUUAACAACGCGCCUGUGGAGGAGCGGGCCAGCCUGUUCCACACAGCACUGCUGACCCUCUGCCUGGGCACAGGAGGAAUUAGAGCUGUCGUUUGUCCACUGGAUGUUUAUGGCCUUCAGGAAGAGGAAUCAAAGAAGCCAAUGUCUUUUUUUAACUGGGCCUCCUGGUCCAUGAACCUGAAAGCAGCUGCAGUCUUUCUGGGAGUCUCAUGCAUCCAGCACUUGGGGGCCUCUACCAUUGUGGUCCUGCUUCCUUCUCUGUCCCUGGUCACAGCCCUGGUGGCUCUUUACAUGAGGCACUGCGACCUGAUCUAUCAGCCAGAGAAACAUUGCUCUUUCCUGAUGGUCGCUGGUGUGUUGCUUAAGACCCUGAAAAAACGCUGCUUGCCAUACUGCCACCUUGGGCGAGAUGGAGCAAAUUGGUCAGCCCGUGCCGUGGAAACACACGAUGGACUCCAGGAGGAAGAUGCGGAACUGGUCUUCUCCACCCUCUUGCCUCUCCUCGGUUUCCAGCUCCCAUACAGAAUGUGCCUUGCGCAGAUCCCUUCGGGAUAUUAUCUUCAGACCAUGAAUUCCAACCGGACCUUGGGCGGAUUUCCUCUGCCAAUUGCACUAAUGAAUGCCCUCAGCAUCCUGCCAUUAUUAAUUCUGGUUCCCUUAAUGGAUUUCUUCAGCCACCGCCUACUUCCCUCUAAGAGAGAUGGACCAUUCCUGUCAGCAUGCAUUAUUGCUGGAAACGGCUGUGCAGCCUUGUCUGUGGCAAUAGCCGGCUUCCUAGAAAUACACAGAAAACUCACCCCGGAGCAGGCUUCUUCAGGCAAAGCUUCCUCUGUUUCCUCCCUGGCCUGUGGCUCCCUGGUUCCUCAGUAUGUCUUGCUUGGAGUGUCUGAAGCCCUGGCAAACCCAGCAGUCUCUGCGGUAAUACAUAGAUUCAUUCCAAGCAUCUUCAGAGGAACGCCCACGAAUGUUUUGUCACUGUUCCAUGGAUUUGCCUGUUUCUCAGGGGCACUGCUGGUGGAGUUGGUUUAUCUCAUCUCCAAAGGCAAUUGGUUUCCAAACACAUUAAACAAAGGCAAUUUAGAAGGCUUCUUCUUCGUGCUGGCAUCCUUGACGCUGCUGAACGUCCUGGGAUUCUGGAGGGCUUCACAGAGAUAUUGUAAUCUAAAUCAUUUUAAUGCCCAGAGCGUCAGUGGAGGAAAUCGUGAAGAAACUCUUCUCUGGGAAAAGUCUCUGAAGUUUUAUGGCAGUACACAGGAAACAUCGUCAAGUAUUGAUCUUUGGGAGACAGCCCUAUGA